AUGCACCUAUUAAAAGAAGCAAUUGAGAGAUUGACAGAGGAAGGGUUGCAUUGGAAGGGAGAAAAGUUGGGAGCGGUGAUGGAGGAAUUUAUACCAAUGAAGAGUGAUUUAGAACAACAUCAAGGAGCCAAAAUCUCAAAUGAUUGGAGUGAAAAGAAGGAUUGGAUGAGUUCAUUUCAGCUCUGGAGCACUCCUCUUCAGUUUGACAGUAAAUUUGAUACCAGAAAUCAAGAAUCUGAUUUGCACCCAAAAUCAAGUUGCCAAGAAGAGAAGGAGGUUUUGUGUAAUUUAAAGAACAGAGCAGGGGAUUCUGCAUCAUUCGACAUACCAGUGAAGAAAGAGAGAGAAUUUAUCCCAGUUGAAGGCCUCUCGCCGUCUAUACCUGUGGCUAAAGUGGGAUCAUUUGAUUUGAGUUCAAAAAGUCAUUUUGGUCAUGGGAGGUCACUACUGCAACAGAGAAAACAGAGGCGCUGUUGGUCACCAGAAUUGCACAAGAGUUUUGUCAAUGCACUUCAUCAGCUUGGUGGAGAACAUGCAGCCACGCCCAAGCAGAUAAGAGAAUUUAUGAAUGUGGAUGGCCUUACUAAUGAUGAAAUCAAAAGCCAUUUGCAGAAACACAGGCUUCAUAUCAGAAAGCUUUCAACUUCAUCAGCCAGUCCAUCCAAUUGCUCCCGGUUGACAAAAGAUCAAUACGGAGAUUUUUCCAAGGAAACUGAUGUGAAUUAUGGAUCCCCACAAUGCCCUUUGCUCCCGGGAGGAUCUGUAUAG